UUUUGCUCACACCGGCUGCUGAGACAUGGGCAUAGUACGCACACUCUUCGUGACGUAGAACACAGAAACGCCCAGCUGCAGAACGCGGAAGUAAGAAUUCACCAGGUUGUGGUAGCUUUUUAAAUACAUUCAUCGAGGAUGUGGGCUACAUUUUAUAUCAUCCGAUUAAUCUAGGACGAUUCAUCUAUUAUAAACAGAGAUUUGUUUUGAACCAGGCUAGCUACCGAAGCAAAGUGCGGAAAUGUCAAGUCAGAAGGAAUUGAAGGAGGCGUUCGUCAGCAAUCUGAAUGGGACCAGCCUUGGGGAAGUUGCCCUGGGCUCCUUUCUGGCCCCACUGUGCCUGAUCAGCCGAGGACUGUUUCUGAUUCUAUACCAUCUGGGUAGGGGGGCGCUCCCCCUCCCCUGGAUCGCCCACCUCGUCCUGGACUUCUCCAUGAUCAUACUGCCCCUGGUCUUAUCAUGCACCGUUCUGAGUGACAUCCUUCACCUAGUCAUCCUGGGCCUGACUGUUGUGUCUGGGGCUGUGCUGUGCUAUAUCUACCGUACCAAAAGGCCAACCAGGCCCAGCGCAACUUCUAAGGACACUGCUGCCAAGAGCUUCUUCCAGAGCCAUGUUCAGUGCGACCAGGUGCCCUUUGUGACGAUCUUUCGAGUCCUGGUCAAUGUGAAAACGGCCAUUAGCAUUCUAGCUGUCGACUUCAGCGUGUUCCCAAGACGCUAUGCAAAAACGGAAACCUAUGGAACGGGGGUUAUGGACUUUGGUGUUGGAGCCUAUGUCCUCGCCAACGCCCUGGUCUGCCCAGAGGCACGGAGGAAGGAAGUCUCAGGAUCCAAGUUAAGCCAAGUGGUUAAACAGCUCGUGUCUGUCUGGCCCCUGGUCAUUCUAGGCUUGGCCAGGCUGGUGAGUGUGAAAAUGUCUGGUUACCACGAGCACGUGUCUGAGUACGGCGUGCACUGGAAUUUCUUCUUCACCUUAGCCAUAGUCCGAGUGGCGGCCUCUGUGCUGUUGGCUCUGUUCCCUGUCAACGGGUCAUGGCUCCUGGCCCUUCUGAUUGGAGGACUUUACCAAGUGACCCUGGAGAUGUCUGGACUGAAGUAUUCCAUCAUCCACAACAAUGACAGGACGGGAGGUUUUCUGCAAGCCAACAUGGAGGGGGUUUCAUCUGUUGUGGGCUACAUAGCCAUCUAUAUGGCAGGGGUCCAGAUUGGACUGUAUGUAAUGCGACCAAGGACACAGGUCAAAGAGUGGAUCAGAGUGAUUUGGAAUCUCUUAUUGGGAAGUGCUGUGUUGUACACUGGCUUGAUCCUGUGUCAGGCCUCUGUUGAGCCAGUGUCUCGCAGGAUGGCCAAUCUACCGUUCUGCCUCUGGACCGUUGCCCAGUCGAUGUUUUUCUUGUCCUGUUUAGCAACUGCUGAUGUUAUUUUGUUUUUUAUGAAAACGGUGUCAGGUUGCGUACUGGUGUCGUCUUCCUGGUAUCCUUGUAGAAAGGAAGCCUCUGUAUCUGAGGAGAAAAUGGAGAAAAAAGUUCAGGGACUUUGUCUCAUUCAAGCUGUGAACCGUAAUCAAUUGUUGUUUUUCAUGCUUGCCAAUUUACUGACUGGAAUCACAAAUGUGCUAGUAGAUACAUUCAACAGUAGUGAUUACAUUUCUGUGUGUGUUUUGCUGUCAUACAUGUUCAUAAAUAGUUUUGCAAUAUAUAUUUUACAUCUCAUGAAAAUCACAGUAAAAUUCUGGUAAGCACAGUGCCAUUCU